AUGAGGAGAGUACUAGUGUACGCCGUCGUUUUGCUUCUAGCUAGCCUCUCCCUGCCACGUGUCGUCAAAUCUUCGGUCCGAUGCAAAGCUUGGCUGGUUCAAUCCAUCCCCACCGAUAUGCCCGAGCUUCCUCGCAUCUCUGGUGUACUCUCCACUGGUGAUGUGUUUCAGUGGCUUGCAAACAAUUCGACAAGAUCAUUGGACAUUAUAGCACAGUAUUGGCAGCUUCUUGCUUAUCCAAAGGAUCCUCGCUCGGGCGAUUUCGGUUAUUCGGAUUCGGAUUUGGAGCAAUUUGGAGCUCAUAUUGGUUCUCUUGUUUACAAAUCCAUUGACAAUGCAGCUAACCGCAAUGUUAGUAUCAGACUAUUGUCUCAUUCAGGAGUAUAUCCGGAUUAUACCAAAGAACCAUCUGAUCUUGCUUCUGGAAGAUCAAAUGUGAAGAAUGUUACACUGUUACUAAGCAAAUGGUGGGGCUCAGGAAUUCUUCAUGCCAAGGUUUGGAUUUCGGAUGAUCGCGACGUGUAUAUCGGUUCUGCCAACAAUGAUUGGAAAUCUCUAACUCAGGUGAAAGAAGUUGGGAUAUACUUAAGUGGAUGCUCACGAAUUGCUCGAAAGAUUAAAACUUAUUUCGAUAACUUAUGGAGAUUAGCCUCUCUUGACUCUUCAAUUCACACAAGAAAUGUAUCAGAUCAACAAUGGCUGGUCAAUAGAACUGUUCCUUGCUGGUCCCAUUUCAUAGCUAAGAAAGCAAGAUGCAGGUCACCUCUUCCAAGUUACAUAGAGACACCUAAUGUGUCCCCAGGUUACCCUUCACUAUCCGAUCCUGAGAUGUUGAGCAUCGAAAUCGAAACUCUCCCUAAAGAUCAUAUUUUUCCACAACCGCAACCGAGCUAUCUAUCUUUUGCACCACCAGAGUUGUUGUUCGGAAAGCAUCAAUCUGAUGAACAAGGAUGGAUAGAUACAAUCAAAUCUGUAGUGGAAGGAGGAACAGUGAGGAUUAAUACAAUGGAUUGGCUUGGUCAGUCUCAAUUCACUAAUCCUAAGGUUUACUGGUCAUCCCUUUCUUCUGAAGUUUCCGAGGUCGUAUUCGCCAAGAAUGCUAAAGUGAAGAUCCUAGUAGCAUAUUGGGGUCAUUUCAUUGAGGCCACUGAUGGAUACUUAAGGUCUUUGCUCUACUCCAAUGUUCUUUGCUCCUCUUCCUCUGUGCAAAACACAUGUUCUGGUCAAGUGGAGAUUAGAUACUACAUGGUCCCUGGUUUUAACAAGACAGGACCAGCGGUUAGAAACGGGACUAGAACCGGAAACAAGUAUCCGGAUUACACGAGGGUGAAUCACGGGAAAUACGCGGUCAGCGACGUGAGAGCUCACAUAGGAACCAGCAAUCUCGUUUGGGAUUACUUCUAUGCGACAAGUGGUGUGAGUUUUGGAACUUACAACACUAAGAUUGUGUUGAAGCUUCAUGAGAUUUUUGAUGCAGAUUGGAACUCUCCAUAUGUAGUUCCAGUUCAAGAGUUUAGACAAGAUCAUUAA